AUGAGAGCCUAUAGGAAAGGAGAAGAGCUAACCCAGCCAAUGAGAGGAAAUCGAGAAGAAGGGGACGGACCAACCAGCGCGCCGGAGGAGAUGCACUCAGCGCCACCAUCACAGGAGAAAGGGAAAACAAGAAGAAAGAGUUUAGAACAGGCAAACGAGAACGAAUAUAGCGACGAAAGUAGAAACGUGAGAAAGAAGUUGAAAAUAAUAGGAAGUGAAAAAGUUAAUAUAGAAGUAAACACAUACCAAAGCGAAGCAGAAAAUAUUACGGAAAAGGAUCUAAACGUUCGAUCGAUAAUCGAAUCGAUAAAUUCUAGACAGGAAAUUCCUAAGGUAAGAAGCGUGGGCGGCCGACACGCAACACGUGGCGCGGCACAUGCAGACAAAGAUACAGAUUCAGAUUCGUCUUUCGACAAAAAAAAGGUGAUACAGACGAAAAGAAAAUCCCCUAUCAAAGGGGACACAGAAUCUAUUUCUCUUUUUGAACUAGAAGUAGUUAGGAAGUUCGACAAAAAAGAAGCUAAAAGCGUCGCAAUGACGGAACUGAACUUUAGAGGCAACAACAAUUUUAAAUAUAAGGAAGAGGAUUUUCCAGCAUUAGGUCAGAGAAAUAACAGGAACAGAUUCUCAAUGGAAAUAGAAAAAUGGGAGGACAGACCGUGCCCAAUAAGAGCAAACGAUUGGUUCACACCCAACAGAAGACAGUCGAGGGGGUACGAUGGCAAAGGACGUACCAUACCAGAAUCUUCUAAGGUCAGUAACAACCAAAAUAAUCGAUUUUACCCAUUAGAAACAGAAGACACGCAGAUAUUACCAACGUCACAAUACGAUUACGACAUGGAGGAGAGAAAAGAAAGUUACUCUCAUAAACAAAGAAAUCACAAACCUUACAAGACGAACUUUGGUAUCCAAAAUGAUAAUGAUAUUGAAGAAUUAAUAAAAUGGAUUAAAGAACAAAACCUUACCAAUAUCAUAAAAAACAAACUGAAAGAACCGUCACCAGGAACCAUAAGAGACCACAAAUAUAUUCAAGGAAGCAAAGGAGAACCAACCGAAGUAGAACUGGAUCAGAUAUACGAGGACAAACAAAGGUACUACCUCAAAAAUUAUCAAAAGGAAAAACACAAUUUUCAGCAAGAUAGAGAAAUCAGUAAGUUACCCAUAACCUACAAAGAAGAGAGAUAUCAAAGCACCAAAAGUACUAGGAAGGAACCUCCAAUAAUCAUCAAGAAUAAAGAUUUCUAUCAUCAAAAUAAACCAACAACAUCCAAACACAGAACAACGCCAACAAGAGAGGAUAACCUAAAUAUCCCAGAAUUUAGAAGUAAAAGUAAACAUAAUUACUCAACCCUACCAAAAACAUCACCCAGACCAACGCAGCCGGAAGAAAAAGAGGCUCCGUCGAUUAAUCCACAAUCAGGAUAUAUGUCAAAUGAGGAAUGGGAAGGAACUCCUCACAUUGAAGAACUAACCAGCCAAAAGAAGAGCGAAGAAAAGAUUGAAUCAACGGAACAACAGAAGAGCCCAGCAGAGUCGGUUCAAGAAGAAAUGGACUUUACAUUCCAAAAAGUCAUUCCUGACACUCAGGACAAGGAAGAAGAUAACUAUUCAGAAUCAUUUAAAUCUCCGCAAACAGAGACAGAUGAUGACUUAGAUUUCGUAAACUCUCAACCAGAGAACAAGUAA